ACUUCGAAUUGCCAUCUUGUUAUGAGGCGUUUGGUGCCCGACAUGCUGUCAGAUGUUACAGUGACGUUGUUGGUUUCUGAAUGAGAGUAAAUCCAACAACAUCACACUUCACAAGAAGGGUCAGGGCAUGUUGAAACUAUAUGGGCUCAAUGGAACUCUGACGCAAAAUAUUUCACAUGAAAACCAACAUAAUUAGGAAUUAUUUCUAUUUAGCUCAGUAUGAAAUACCAAAUGGAUUACUAAAAAUAAACAGCACCCUCUGUAGCUUCUUCCUCCUGUGGGUUUAUACUUUAUUGAUUCCCAGAGAAUGCUGCUGGCCAAUGGGCUCCUGAGACCGUUUUUUUUCUCAAAGGGAUGGGAGCAGAUGAAGUGAUGAGAUUCGUCUAACUUUUGGAUGACCCCUUCUUGACAAAGACAGUGUCCAUCAAUUGUCCUCAGUCAUUAUUCCCUGCUUUUAUGCCAAGGGGCUUUUUGUAUCUUUUGUUGGUUUCUCUGUUGAACACCAUGCCUUCAAGUUAGACCGUAGAAACUGAUAUAUUUUCUAUCUCCAUGGAGUAAAACAAUCCCGUUCACAAUCAGCGUUUUCAAUUUUUCUAUAUAAUUGUAAAGUUAAAUAUUGAAACAAGGUUUAAGUUAUGUGUUCUUUAUUUAUUUUUUUCCAGCAUGCCUUUUUAUUAUCCAAAUGUGCAUGCAUAUGUUUAAGUGCAAUUGUUUUUUUUUUUUCGCCACCGGGGUCUGAUUUUAAUGUAGGUUAUCUUAAGUUAGAUAACAUUGCUUUUAGUUGUAUGUUUACCCGUUUAUGGACCAGCAUCACCUCUAUUGGCCAAUCUGGUCACAUGGUUCGCUAACUUUAUUCAGUUGACACCAAGUAGGAGGGCUUUAUGGAGGGAGGAAAAAAAGACAACUCGAGAAAAAAAAUUAGUGUUUUCUACCUUCAGAAAUUAAUGGCCAUGAGUUCGUAUAUGGUGAACUCUAAGUAUGUGGAUCCAAAAUUUCCUCCCUGUGAGGAAUAUUCACAAAACAGCUAUAUACCUGAGCAGGGCUCGGACUACUACAGUCCAUCGCAGGGCACAGACUUUCAGCAACCAGGGAUCUACCCACGGUCAAACUACACGGAGCAGCCCUUCAGCUGCAACACUGUGCAGGACUCCACAUUGCAGCCACGGGGUCAUGUGCACGAGAGAUCCAGCCGCUCGAGCCCUUUCAGCGCACAGACUGAGCAGGGCCCCCCGGUCCAAGUGGCCGGACCCCGGACUUGUGGACAGCAGCAAAACACAAAGAGCCAAAAUGGGAUACAGUCCAAGCAGCCUGCAGUAGUUUACCCCUGGAUGAAGAAAGUCCACGUAACUAAUGGUAAGAUUUCCACUUCUUCUUCUCCUCCUCUCGUGGACCAACUGAGACCUGUACUUUAGAAAUCAUUCAGUGUAAUAUUUAUGGGAGUCUUUGAAAGGCCUCGCCAAUUACACAAG